AUGUUAGGACCUCAGAACAUCAACAUGCUGGCACUCCGAGAGCAUGCUCUUGCCAAGCUUGCCACUCAUGUGCCGUUCUGGCUUUCUUCUGUCCAGCUACCCCGCCAGUAUUCCCUGCAGCCCGACAUUCUGUGCGGCCAUCAAUCUAACAUGUUGCUUGAGGUUGAGUUGUAUCAACACAAUGGUAAGGUCAAGGUGGACCUUUCCAAGCCAUCAGGAAAGCAGGCAGCGUUGCGCGCUAUCCAGGAUGACAGAUAUAUCAUAUUGCGAGGUGCCGCGGACACUGGAUCAAUUGAAGAGGUUAAAGACAACAAGCAUACUAUUGCUCUCCUCUCCAGGACAUCAGGCAAAUUUGAAGCUAGCCUUCCUGUGUACAUACCUGCCUUUAAACUUAAGAACAAGGACAUCCAGUGCUUCCUGGAUUGGGAAAAGCAAGCAGAACAUAAAGCACCAAAUGACCUGGCGUGCAUUGUCUGUUAUCAUCUUUGGCGCGAUGCGAAGGAUGAAUGGGAAUGGGAAUAUGACAAAGGUCUAUGGAAGGAAGAGACUGGUGAAAAAGAACUUGUGGAAGCUUUUGGCGGCGACUUAAUAAUAUGUGCAGGCUGGCUAGCACAGCGACUACCUAACCUGAAAGGAAAGAGAGAUGUAUUUGUUGUCAAUUAUUGAUGGAAAAAAUAGAAUGGCUGAGGCAAUGUUGGGGUCUAUCACUGCUGGCCUCAUUGUGAUUGUUAUUAUUUAGCAGCAUUCAGGGAACAGGUGCAUACAGGUGCAUUAAAUGGGAAUUUGUUAGUUAAGGAAAGGAGCCACACUAGUAGAAGGCCCAGGCCUGUGAAAAAAGAGAUUGAAAUUGGGAUCAUUGAAGGUAGUCAACUUGCUGAGGCUAAAGUCAAUAUAUCCUUUGUUUGCAUAGUCCGGCAUUGAUAAAGGGUACUGUUGAUGACUGUG